UUAUGACAGUUGACACUGACAAAAUGGUUGGUCAUUUUCGCGGUUUUUGUUUGUUUUUUAAUACUGUCUAGUGAGGUAGAUCUUAAAAGACUUUUUAAAUUAUAUCUGUUAGGUAAUUUUUGUUGUUCCAUUAUAUCGAAUAAUGAAGUUAAUUUGUCAAAUAUUUAUUAUAAAUAGAUUGUAUAGUAAUUUAAAUAUAAGAUGUAAUGGAAAAUAUUUAAAAUCAACUUUAGCGCUAGGCCAGGACCCCAUAAUAAAAAAUGAAUAUUUUCUAAUACAUUUUUCUUCUGUAAAUAAAACUGGUACUAAAUAUCGAGUUAAAAAUAUAAAACAAGUUUUUGUAAAAUAUUUAAGUGAAGGUAAAGCAACUUUGAGAUUCGAAGAGCCCCCACAUGAUUUGUGCAUAAAAGGCGAGACAAUACAAUUGAAAUGUUUCAUGCGGCUUUUGAAAUCUUGUGUGUCUGGUGAUACUAAAGAGCGACAUUUGCCCAAUCUUUCGAAUAUCAGUGUCACUACUAAAGAGAGUGUCCCAACCAAACUUAUAAUCAAUGACCGAAGUGAAUUUCCUUCUAAAGGACUACCGCGGACAUUAGAAACUCUACAUAUUGUUGGGCUAAAACUAUGUAACUUUCGUAGAGAAAUAUUAUUGUUAAAACAUCUUGUAGUCCUUGAUUUAAGUAACAAUGAAAUUGAAACCAUUCCAGCUGAAUUUGGGAGAAUGCCAAGUUUGUGUGAAUUACAUCUAGCCAAUAACAAACUUGGUGUAAAUGGAAAAAUUGAUUGGAGAUGGCUAUUUGGACCCCAGCUUAUAAAAAUGUUGAAACUAUUAGAUUUGUCUGGUAAUAACUUAAAAUAUUUGCCAAAAUGUAUUUGGAAACUACAAAAAUUAAUAACCUUAAAGCUAGAUGAUAAUAUGUUAAACCAAUUGCCUGCCACACUAGGUCGUAUAAAUAGUUUAAGAUAUCUUACAAUUUCUAAAAAUAUGUUGUCAUCACUCCCAUGCAGUCUUCUUCAGUGUCAUUUGGAAUAUAUUGAUCUCUCUUCAAAUAAUUUUCAUCAUAAUAAUAUCACUUCACAAUUGCAAAGAAAUCUUUAUAAAUAUUACGUAGGCAGUUUAGUACAUCUGUCAUCCGAGAUUGUAUUAAGAAACAAGUUUUUCUAUGCAUCUAAUCUUAUUCCAUGGACAUUGGUUCAGUUCUUGGACGAUGCAAAUAUGUGUGUUUGUGGUGCUCCAGUAGUGAAUAAUAAAUUUUAUGUGAAUAACAAAUUUGAACUAAAAGAUCUUUUUAGAGUUGUAGUUUUUGAUAAUAAUAGAAAUAGUACUGUUGAUUUCGAAUGUUACUAUUGUUACAAGUGUUGUAGGCGAUAAGUGGUUUUUUUUUUUCAUAAUAAAUUAGUAAUAUGUUAAAACUAUUGUCAUUAUCUUUUGAUAUUUU